AUGGCGACGGCUUCCUUACAGACGCUACCAGCAUUUCUUCCCACGCCAGGUGCCCCUGCGCAGCCUUGGCUAAGUUGGAAAACGUCGUUUUUCAAUUAUCUUGUGGCCAUAGAGGCAGAUGAAAGCUCUCCGAAGCGCAAGCGCGCACUAGUGUGGGCGUUGCUUGGCUUGGAAGGCCAACGAAUAGUUUCGACAUCUCCUUCAACAGUCCCCGCCAGCAGCGCGGCCGUUUCUGAAUUUGAUGAGCUCGUAGCGGCACUUGAUGAGCAUUUUGCUGCCAAAGCUAACGUUGUCGUCGAACGCAGGCAAUUUCUCACCCGCGUCCAAUCCCCGGGAGAGAGCGUCCUCGACUACCUUAGCGCACUCAGGCAACUUGGUUCUUUUUGUGAUUUCGGAGAGUCCCUUGAAAACCGCAUCGCAGAAGUCUUUUUGGCCGGUUUAAAUUCGUCGGAGGUACAAGAUCGGGUAAUCCGAGAGUCUGCGGAAGCUGGACUACCCAGCCUCGAACGUAUUGUGCUUCUAGCACAGCAGUUCGAACAGGCGUCUCGAGAUUGCGAUCGGUACCGCCAAUUUCCCUCCAGUUUAUCGCGUUCUGGAACGCCGCACGCCGUUCAGGUCGUACAAGGGGUUUUUAUUCAGCGUGAACAAGAUGGCCGACGAUCGAAUUCGAAUUUGCACAUCCAAGAUCAAAAUGGAGAGCGGCGGCAUGCCAUUUCCUGCUCCCCCGCAAAUGUUUCCUUCUCGCCGCAACACCAGUGGCGCGAGUCGCGCGCACACACCCGCACUUUCGUGAGCCGAGUACCGCGUGAUGCUCCGCCGGGCGCGCGCGCUCUUGGGCAUGGGGCAGAGUUAUGUCAAUUCUGCGGUCGCCGACCCCAUCCACGUGAGGAAUGUCCUGCUUCAGAAAUGUCCUGUUUUUCUUGUGGCAAACUAGGUCAUUUUUCAAAUGUUUGCCGGAGUUCUCCUCCAUCGUCUGCUGCCACCGAUCGUCGUCAGCUGGCCUUUCCGCCGAGACGUGGUCGGGCCGCCGGUCGCCGGUACCAGCGGCUUGGAGUUGGCCGUAACCUGACAACCAGCCAUGGAAGCGUGGCAUUCUCUGACGAAGAGGAGCAGCAGCCGAAAAUUUGUACCGUCGGGUCACCGGAAGUCCUUCCAAAAGGACGCGCCGACAGUCGCCCACGGAAUUUCACCGCUGAUGUUCAGGUGAAUGGAUCUACAUUACCAUUACUCAUUGAUACUGGCUCCGAAGUUUCAAUACUUUCCGAAAGCAUGUUUAACAAAAUUAACUCCCAGCAGCAAAUCCGGCUAAGGAAACCACCGCGCACUCUUGUGCACUACCUCCGAGGGUCCAUUCCAGUCGUGGGAUGUUUCCAGACCAAAGUCGGUUUCAAAGAGAGAUCCGCCGAGAUACUUUUCUACGUUGUUCGCAAUGGCCGAUCCCUGCUUGGGACAGAUGCCGUGCAUGGACUUCGUCUCAUUUUGUCGGGUGCUCCACUCAAAUGUUUUCAUGUCAAUUCUGCGGACUCUUGCGCAGCCAUCCAAGGUCAUGUAAAGUCGGCCGAAGUUCCGCAGUCCCCAGGUGCGGCGGAGCCCAGUCCUCCGCCGAGUACUUCAAGUGCUCCCUGCAAGCACCCUUCAUCAUUGUCCACUGUUCACGGCACUCAGCCAUCCACAUCGUCUGAAUACUACUCCAGUAGAGGCGUCUUCGGAGACCAGCCUUCAAGGGAUCCGCCGACGUCGGGACCAUCUUUGCAACCUUCAUCGGUGAGCGAUGCAUCGAAGUUACCUUCUGGUUUUGAAGAAUUUGAGGAUCUUUUUUCUCCUGAGUUAGGGUAA